UGCCAACCUUUGACCACGUCUCGAUCACCUCAUCGCACCACCAUCGCCCUCACCGCGCCCUCAGACGAACCCACCACAACCCCUCCAUCAUGUCUUCUCGCGGCGGCGGCACCACCCUCUACGUGACUGGCUUCGGCCAUGGCACCCGCGCUCGCGACCUUGCCUACGAGUUCGAACGAUACGGUAGAUUGGUUCGUUGCGACAUUCCGGCACCUCGUACCGCAUCCAGCAGGCUUUUCGCGUUCGUUGAGUAUGAGAACCGCAGAGACGCUGAUGAUGCAUACUACGAGAUGCACAACAAGCGCAUCGGCCGCGAUGACCUGCUGAAGAUCGAGUGGGCACGUACACCACCAUCGGCCAGCUGGCGGUUCGACACCGGCAGCGAUCGUCCUCGCGACAGUCGUGAUCGCGACUCCGGACGCAGCGACCGGGGCGGUCGUGACAGGCGCGAGCGCUCUCCACGCCGCCGCUCCGGCUCUCCUCCACGAAGCCGUCGCUACGACGAUGAUCGCGAGGGCAGCGCACGCGAACGCGACUACGAGCGUGGUUCUCGCCGCGAUGACCGCGACGACCGCCGUCGCGACCGCACUCGCAGCCCAGAGGGAGAUCGGGACCGGGGCGAUCGUGAUAGGGACAUGAAGGACCGUGACGCGCGAGACGACGACCGCGACGCAGACCGUGACGCCGAUCGCCCAGCACGAGACGAGCGCGAGCGCGAGUACGAGGCCAACGGAACCAAUGGCGAGACCGCAAAGGAAGAGGCACGAGAGGAGGAAGCACCACCAGCUGCUCACGAUGACUUGGACACUGCCGAGUAGAGGUUUGACUGACGCAGUUCACCAGCUCUCGACGUAAAAAUGCGCGAUGUAUGAUCAUCAAACGGACCACGAUCGCAAGCAGCACUUCGAGACUGAGAACUAUCGACGCACCUCCUUCGAAGCGAACACACCAAUAAAGCGGGAACGAAAGAAAGAGUUGAGUUGGCGUUUGGUAAAGUGUAACAUCAGCAUGACUACGGGUUUUGAGACUGCCGCAAAGAUACAACGUCAUUCUCACAGGAUCGAGCUAGCAACGGCCGAAGUCUUCCACGAAGCGGAUCGAACGUAUUGACUUUCCACCCCGCCGUCGUCUCCCUCGAUGCGACCCCGUCCUUCGUCGUCUUUGCCUAUUCGAGCGACCGUAACCAGAGACAGCAACCCUCCAUCGCCCACGUCCACGUCCAUCCCCAUCGUUCGUCGGCCCCCACCGUCCCUCGCCAGCAACACGCUUCCGAUCGACCUGAGCUAGCCAUCUCAUGCUCGACUGCGACUGCGACGAAACGGCACUAACCAGCAGGGUUAUUUCAAUUCUUCCUGUAUGUCUAUUGUCCACUAACACCAACAUCCAGCAGCUUGUAGGGCCCCAAGGUGAGCUACUAUGAUACGCGGCCGUUAUCCUGCGGCGCCAUGCUA